GAUAGAAUGACACUUCUGAUAUUAUUUUCCAAACAAGGGGGGAAGUAUUAAGGAUACGACAAAUGCCUUCUAAAACUCGCAGAACAGACAAUGCUCUGAUUAUGAAGAGCUUGAAAUGCUGUAUAAAAGUGUCUUUGUUUUGGAUUAAAUACAAAUUUGCUGUCCAGUAGCACUUCCUUUAUGAGGUUAUGCAACACUUGAUCUUCUUUCCCACCUGAUAAACUGUCUCAAGUUUAUAUCACUUUAAUCUUAAAUCCUGUUAUAGUUUGACUUCAAGAGAUCCAAGCACUUAGCCACUUAGCCAUGCAACAGGAAUAACUUGUCAUACUUGUUGUGUUCACACCAUAGGUUCUUACCCAGGCAUUACCACACAUGCCCCCCAUGACGUAGCUCAGCUCAUUGAUUACUGUUGUCCAUGUCCUUUCACUGACUGCAGCCAGUUACCGCAAACAGUCUUUUGGAACAGAUAUAGCCACAGUAGGCUAAAUGUGUCCAUGCUAGCUAAUCCUCUUUGCUUCUGUGAUCCCAAAGAGUCUGGAGUCCUCCGGGCUUCAGAGACUCAAAGGUGUUUUCUGCCUGAUGAGCGGAAGAGCAUGCAACACUAUGGCUGGCGAUACAAAUUAUUGUUGCUCUAUUUUGAUGUUGUCGUGGACUCUCUGAAGAACACUGGACUCUCUGAUGUCCAUUAAGAUGUGUCCUUUGUUAUAAGCAGCUCAGACUGAGACAGGACAGUCAUGAGUGCUGACACAGCUAACAGGGUGGAUCUGGACCCUGAUUAUCAUGCUGAACUGUCCGACAUGGUAGCAGCCAUGAACAGACUGACCCCUCCAAACGGAUUCAGGACCACCCCACAUCGCCUCAAUCUCUCGGAUCGCAAGAUGUCACUGCAGGAGCGAUCAAGUUCUCUGACUGGCUUCACCCCACGAAUAGCCAGAAGACCCACUAUUGAAUCGAAGCGGGUGUCUAUCUCUGAUGGUGAUGACUGUGUCCAGCUAAACCAGUACAAGUUAAAGAGUGAGAUAGGAAAGGGUUCAUAUGGGGUGGUCAGAUUAGCAUAUAAUGAAGAUGAUGACCAGUAUUAUGCUAUGAAGCUGGUAUCCAAAAAGAGGUUAAUAAAGCAGUUUGGAUUCCCACGGCGACGUCCUUCCAGAGAAUCCAUUGGCUCACAAGAGAAUCUUUUAAAGCAUUCUGGCCUGUUGGACCAAGUAUAUAAAGAAGUCGCUAUUUUGAAGAAACUUGACCAUCUUAAUGUUGUUAAAUUAGUUGAGGUUCUCGAUGACCCGGCUGAGGAUAACUUGCACAUGGUCUUUGAGUUGGUACCUAAAGGCCCAGUGAUGGAGGUCCCUACAGACAGUCCGCUAACAGAAGAAAUGGCCCAUUUCUACUUUAGGGAUGUCAUCCUAGGAAUUGAAUACUUGCACUAUCAGAAAAUCGUACAUAGAGACAUCAAACCCUCAAAUCUGUUGCUGGGGGAGGAUGGGCACAUCAAGAUAGCAGAUUUUGGUGUCAGUAAUGAGUUUGAGGGGAAUGAUGCUCUCCUGUCCAACAGUGCAGGAACACCAGCUUUCAUGGCACCCGAAACUCUGACUGAUCGGGACCUGAGAUUCAGUGGAAAGGCUCUAGACAUAUGGGCAAUGGGAGUGACGCUAUUUUGUUUCGUCUUUGGAAAGUGUCCUUUUCAUGAUGAAUACAUAUUAGGCCUGCAUGGAAAGAUCAAGACUAUGGCAGUGGGGUUCCCAGACAAGCCUGUGAUCAGUGACGGGUUGAAGAAGCUCAUUACCAGAAUGCUGGACAAAGCCCCAGAAACUAGAAUCACAUUACCAGAAAUAAAGUUGCACCCAUGGGUGACGCUGGAUGGCACGGAUCUCCUGCCCCUGGAGGAGGAGCACUGCACAGUGGUGGAGGUCACUGACGAGGAGGUGCAGAACUCUGUCAAACUAGUUCCCAGCCUGUCUGCUGUGAUCCUGGUGAAAUCCAUGCUGCGGAAGCGCUCCUUCAGUAACCCCUUUGAGGGCCGCAGGCAGGGCAGGUCCAUGUCUGCCCCUGGAGGUCUGCUCGCGGAUAUGUCACUGUUUCGCCCUUUAAGCAGAGGGAGUAACAAUAACGGGAGCAGAGAGGGGGAGCUGGAAAACCUUAUUGAGGAUGAAGCUUUUUCGUGAAUUUGCUCAAAUCAUUUGUCAGAUUGGUCCAGGUGUGUGAUUAGACUAUUUUGUUCCAAUCUGCAUUGGAAUUUUUUUUUUUUAACAAAAUCCUAUAUAAUGGACAGCAUGAUGUAAGGGUUUUGAGGUACCUUUAAAAUAAAUAUAAUGCUGAAUCUAGUAAUAAGUACUUUUUAGUAGAGUAAUAUUUGUGUUUCAUUGCAUUUAAGUGCCAAAUUUAAAGAAAAAAAAUAUUUUGAUUUAAAUGCAUAUUUAAAAAGAUAUCCGUGCAUUUGACAUUAGCAUAUAAUAUGGCAGCAGCAGUGAUGACUUUGCUGUGCAGUGGAAAUCAGCAAAACUUUGCAUGAGAUGUAUAGUCUGUGUUAUAUAAAAGGUCUUUAUGUUGUCUUAUUGUCAUUUUGAGCUCUUGCAGUUAUACUGGGUCUGUGGUAUCACAGAAUGGUCUGUAGUUUAUUUAGCUGGAACGUUACAAAUUUUUAUUUUGCACCAA